AUGAAAUACACCUUCAAGAAAUUGAAAUUGGGUUUUCUACGGAGAUCUGCCAAUAUGUUCAACCUGUAUCAACAUAUGAAAGCAAAUAAUGAGGGGAAAGAACCUAAAGAGCCGGAGACAACUGGCCAUGAUAGAUUUUAUCAGGAACGACCAAGGUCGACUUAUAGAAAGAAAAAACGUCGUGGUGCCUGCAGAAGGGCUCAGUCCGCAGCUGAGCUGAAUCCAGAAUCAAUAGCUGCAGCCAAUAGGAGGAAUGCUUUUAAAAUUCGAUCCGUUUCCACGGACAGAGAGGAAAGUGAAGAAGCUGGGAAACAAGAAGAAGCGGACGGAUCAUCGUGCGCUUGUAGCUCAAAAGAAAACUCCGAACGCGCCCCGCUGGUGGCACAGAAGAUAGACUCCCUAGCAAAGUUGUUGUUCAACAAAUCAAUCAUAGGAGGCGGGUCUGGAAAGUCAUCACCAUCAGAACCACCAGCUUCACCACGGGUGGAACGUUCGAUGGAAAGUUCUGCGGCUUUAGCAAUCUGUACGGAAUAUUUAACGCAGUCAUCACGGUACGACCUGAUAUCUCAACUGGGAGCCAUUGGGGCACGAGCUAACAAGCAUUGGUUCGCCAUUCACGACAACUCAAUUAAAACUGAUAGACUGCUGACUUUGAUGCCAUUAACUAACAAAUGUCCUAUAGACCCAAGCGAAAGGUCCCGAGGGCUUAUAAUGGAGUUGUUUCGGGCAUUACACCAUCCCUACAUAUGUCCGGUGUUAGAUCUCGAAUUAUGUAGUGGGCAUGCCUUGGCUGUACUACCAUUUAAUGCCAGAGGAAGUCUGAAAGAUCUCAUUUAUAAGUGCAAUUGGAACGAGGAAUAUUCUCGAAAGUACGGUUCAGUCGGGACGGGUCUCCCGGCUCAGCAAGUUGCCAGAUUCGGCCGCCAGAUGCUAGAGGGCCUCAUGUUCCUAAAGGAGAAGGGAUUUCCGCCUUUCCGCCAUUUGCACUCGGGCAAUGUUGUUGUACAAAAUGGCGUCGCGCGGAUCUGCGGUUUAGAAAACACCCUGAUAGGAGCCCUGCCGCGGUGUCCCAUAGCCCUGGCGGCGCCACUCGAACAUGUGGAAACACUAUCUUUGGGUCACGUGCUGUAUGAAAUGUGCGCAGGCGCAGAAUUGGACCUUACGCUAUUAGAGGAUUUGGUUCCGAAUUAUCCACAUGUAGCGGAGAUAAUCGAGCAGAUCUUUGGCCACCGCACGCCGAGCCUUCACGAGCUGCUGUUAUGUGAGCUGUUCAGGAAGAUUGACCUUAGGGAGAUGAAGGGCCCAUGCUUACCGAACUUCAGCCAGAGACUAUCCCGGUCUUGUUUGUCGCUACUGGGGGAGGUUUCCCGUCGUCAGCCCGGCUCCCCCCGCACCCGCACUCCCCCGCGCCGGUCAGGUCCUGUCUCCCCCGCCACACCGCCCGCCAGGAGGAGGCAUUUCCCCGUAGACCAGGACUACACCGAGGAGUGGCAGUGGUGAUAAUAAUAUUAUGCAAAUUAUUAUAUGUGAUUUUAAUAAAUAUGCUGGUAUUUGC